CGCGCAUACCGAGUUGUGGUUCCUUUCCUCCACUCAGGGUCCGAUUCUAGGGCCGCACCACUCACGAAGUAUCGGUGAGGUCUUGAUCAUGUUUGCUUUCCAAACCCGGAUGCCAAGGUCAUUUUUACAAGACAACGUGUCUGUGAGACUUGGUUUUUCUGUUAAUGAUCUCUAUCUUUUCCUAAAUCCUCCAACGAGAAUGGUUGUGACAGUUCACAGGUCCCUCUCCUCAUGCUCACGUCUAGUCAACCUCUUGACCAUUUUCGGUCCAGAUGGCACACAAGAACAUGUCGCCUUCCUAUGCCCGAAGCUGAAGGUGCGAUGCUAUAUAAAUGGCGCUUGUGUAAUCUGUUGUGCCAUCAUCUAAAUCUCGGGAUACGGUGAAUCAGCCUCGAUCAGUCUUUGACAUCGCCUUGUCUUUACUCCUGCCUCUCCCUGAUACACAAGUCCGGAAUAUUGUCUCGCUCCUUGUUCCUACCUAAAUCUCAGUCAAAACUCCCCCGUUCAUUACCACCAAGAUGCGUGUACUCUCCCUAGGCGUCCUUGUCUCCCUUCUCUCCAGUUCCGUGUCGGCAUGGAACGCUCCCACCUACUCUGACCUUCGUCUGGUCUGGCAGGAUGCCUUUUCUGGCACCCUGGGCUCGGCCCCAGACGCUGGUCGGUGGAACUAUAUCACCAACAUCAGCGUCAACAACGAGCUGCAGCGUUAUACCACCGACUCGCGUAACCGCCAGCUCUCUGGCGGCGACACCCUGCAGAUCGUGCCCUGGCACACCAACAACGAGUGGACGUCGGGCCGUAUCGAGUCCAAGUACACCUUCACCCCAGCGUACGGGAGCAUCACCGUCGGCGAGGCCCGCCUCCGCUUUGGCGACAACCCCAUCAGUCAGAAAAAAGGCAUCUGGCCCGCCUUUUGGCUUCUUGGUGACUCGCUCCGCUCAGGUACCCCCUGGCCACAGUGCGGUGAGAUUGACAUAUUGGAGACUGUCAACGGCGCUCUGACGGGCUACGGAACCGUCCACUGCGACGUGUACCCGGGUGGCAUCUGCAAUGAACCGAGCGGGCUGGCCGGCACCACAGCCAUUCCGGAUCAGAGCUGGCACACGUGGCGCGUGCAGUUUGACCGCCGCCCCAGUUCGUGGCGUGACGAGACCAUCACGUGGUUCCUCGACGGCCAACAGUUUUCCCAGCUCAACGGGGCCCGGAUCACCAACGAGGGGGUGUGGAAUUCCCUGUGCCACUCGCCACUGUACUUCAUCCUGAACCUCGCGGUCGGAGGCACCUUUCCCGGCAACCCUGACGGAAACACUCUUGAUGGCUGGGGGAGCAUGAUGGAGGUUGGCUAUGUGGCUCACUAUGUUGGAAACUAAUCUUCAGCCCAGCUCUCGCGCUUAUUUGGGAUUAUGGUAAUCAAUACAGGCGUGCAAUCAGGACUUCCCCACAGCCCACUUCUCGUCGAGCGUUUGAGUAUUUUCUUCUUUUUUUUGGAUUGAUCCCAUCACUACCACUGCGCCCACAAGGUGGUGCGACAUUAAUUUGAGCAAAUACCCUUUUUCUUUUUUUAAGUCUGAGACGAUGGUCUGCCAAAAUACUUGGCAAACUACUUUGUUAAGAAUCUGACAGGAAAUACCAGCCGGGAUUGUAUCUUUUUUAGCCGCCAAGAGGGUGGAUGUUCGGCCCAAGUUUAUACUUAGCUAUCACUAUACCCUUUACGAUCUAGAUAGCACUGCAAAGCUUUACCACGUAUCGAUGUUCUGAUGGGAUAAGUCUUGAGGUCCAGGUCUUGUUUUUAUCAGACUAUUUUGGUCUCUAGGCUUCGGCAAACUGCCGCGAGUUAUCUCCGUUUAAGGCUUUUCCACGGACGAGAAAUCUAAGUAUCUAAAUUCGUCACUAGUCGAAAAUUUACUACAUACCUAGC